AUGAAUACGCAUAUUCCAUUAGGUACUGAUCCCACCAAUAAAGAACUAGAUAUCUUGUGCAUCAAUUUCAAUCAAGAUCAAGGCUGUUUUGCAGUUGGUCAUCAGAAUGGCUUUCUCGUCUACAAUACGAAUCCUAUAGAUCUAAGAGUUAAGAGGAAUUUCAAUUUAUCAGGUGGUAAAAAUGGCGGGGGUUCUGGGAUUGGACAUAUAACCAUGUUACAUAGAACGAAUUAUCUUGCAUUAGUAGGUGGCGGAAAAAAUCCGAAGUUCGCUAGCAACAAACUUGUAAUAUGGGAUGACUUAAAAAGAAAGGAUAGUUUAACCUUAGAGUUUACUAGCCCGGUGUUGAAUGUUUUACUAUCUAGGAUCCGAAUUAUUGUGGUAUUGAAGAAUCAGGUCUUGGUUUAUGGUUUUUCUUCGCCUCCUAAAAAAUUCGCUUCUUAUGAAACAGUGGAUAAUGAAUAUGGCUUAGCUGAUUUAUCUGUCAACUCAUCAUCAAUAUCAUCACAAAGCUUAAAUUCCUCAUCAUCUUCAGUAUCCUCAUCUAGUUUCUCAUCAAGUGAUGGCACAAAGUAUCAAACAUUAGCAUUUCCUGGAAGAUCGAUUGGACAAAUUCAAUUGGUUGAUGUAUCUCCUCAGGGCCAGGAAAAAAAUUUGGUUAGUAUUAUCAAAUCACACAAGUCCAAAAUUAGAUGCCUUGCUCUCAACAGGUCAGGUACUCUUAUCGCAUCGGCAUCUGAAACUGGAACUAUUAUAAGAAUUCAUUCUACGCACAAUACUGCAUUACUAUAUGAAUUUAGAAGAGGCUUGGAUAGAGCUAUUGUUACUUCAAUGAAGUUCUCUCAUGACGACUCGAAACUUGCUGUUUUGUCUGACAAGAGCACCUUACAUAUAUUUAAUAUACCUCCAAUAAGCGAAGGUCCAGAAACUAUCCCGAAGAGUGCUGAUUCUACCCCAGUUAAUAGACAACACUUGUUGAAAAGAAUAUCUAUUCCAAUUCCGAUCCCAAAUUACUUCAAAUCUACUUGGUCAUUCUGCUCAGUGAACACGAACAAACAUCAUUUGGAUAGUGCAGAAGACUAUUGUUUAAAUGAUGUGGGCGUUUUAGGUUGGUCUGGCAACGACAGUGUCAUUAUUAUUUGGAAGGAGAAGAAGUUAUGGGAAAAGUAUGUUAUAGUGGAAACAAAUAAUACAAAAGAUAUGGACAUACCAGUGGAGUCUCGUUUAACACUGGGUCUGCAUUGGGAUAUUGUCAGGGUUAGUUGGAAAAGCCUUAAAAGCGUUCAAGACUAA